CUUCGCAGCAACCGCAACUGCUGAAACAACUCCAUGAUAAAAAGAUUCAAACUUGAUAAGUUUUUUUUGAAAGAGAAUCGAAUCAAGUUCUCAAAUCUCAGUAGCCAUGGCCGACGAGGUGACUUUGCAUUAUUUCUUCGUCUUCGUCGGUGAUAAUAACGCCUCUUUUGAAGAACCUUCCCCACUUCAUUAACAGGACCCUUCUCUCUCUCUCUUCUUUGCCUCGAAAAUUGCAGUUUCGUCAAUUAUUGCUUCGCCUUUUUGUUUUGUUUCGUUUCGUUUUUCUCUGGCAGCGUCUGAAAACGAUCUCUCCUUUUCUGUUUCUCUCUUCAUUUUCUUUUCGGAAGAACAUUCCAUCUCUGAACUCUGCAAUUUCUCAUCAUUUUCGGCCUCUUCGAUCCCCCACAACUGUCGCUUUGGUUUUUGUUUUUCUCUCUGUCCUCUGAUUUUCAAUACCCAAUGCUUUGAUUCUCUCAGUUUUCGACCAUUUCUUUGUGUUUCUUCUCGCUUUAUAUGUAAAUUUAUGCUUUCCCCUGACGUUUUUGACUGGAAGUUUUUGUAGAAGUUUAGUGCCCAUCACGUGUUCGACAAAAUGUUCGCCUUGAAUUUCACUGUCAAAUGAGCUUGUUCUUUCAGAGAUGUUGCCCAUCCAGCCGCGUGAAUCUCCUAGUACAGACAUAUCGCUGUUAGAUUCGAAUUCGGAAUUCGAAUUUUGUGUCAGUGGUAGCUUUGAUUAUGAGUCCUCUUCUGCUGACGAGCUCUUCUUCAAUGGCGUCAUCGUUCCCACUCAGAAUCAGCAGAAAUUUGUGCAAAUUAAACGAACCCAUCAACGUGAGAGUGCGCCAUGUUUUCCUUCCUCACUCCCUCCUCUUCCUCCUGCUGUAGCCACUGAGAAUUUCAAGAAAGUGAACACAGAGGAACCAAUUCAUGUCAUGAAUUCUGAUUCUGAGAAGAAAAAUCGGUCCAAAUCUUUCUGGGGUUUCCGAAGAAGUAACAGUGUUACUUAUGACAAUAGAAAGAGUUCAUUUUUCUCGCUACCAUUACUGUCACGAAGCUAUUCAACUGGUUCAGUGCAAAUCCCAAAAGGAAUGCCAUCGAAGGAUGUGAAAAGCCAGAGUCCUCAGCUGCAGAGACACCAUUCAGUUUCAGAGGGCAAGUCAAAGUUACCCUCUUCAAGCUCUGCUGCAAAUUCACAUUCAAAGCUCCAAAAGCCUCAGAAGAAGAAUCAAGGAGGGUUAUAUGGCAACAAUCUUUAUGUAAACCCCAUUUUGAACGUACCACCUCCUUAUAUCACCAAAGAAACUUCAAAAAUCUUUGGCUUGAGUUCUCUUUUACGUGGCAGCAAAGAAAAGAAGAACAGGAAGUAAUUUUUUUACUUUUUGUUAAGCUUUUGGUCACUGAAUUUCACCACACAAAUUAUGCCACAUAUCUCAAACCCCCCUGCAAGUUGCUAAUCUGUAAACUGAAACAGAUAAGGCAGAUUUUGUUUGUAGGCUGUGGCAUUCUCAUCUCAUGCAUAUGAACAUGUCAAAACCAUAGGAGACAGAGAAACAACAGCACCUUCCUAAGUUGCCUCUGCCAUUCUUGUUCA